GAGAGAGAGAGAGAGAGGGAGAGAAAGAGAGAAAAAGAGAGAGAGAGAGAGAGAGAGAGAGAAAGAGAGACAGACACAGAGAGAAAAAGAAAUCAGACGGAGAAAGAAGUAGAGAAGGUUGAAAGCAUAGAGUAUACUCGUUGCUAUAUAGCCGAGGAAGGGUGAAAAGGAGGUAGGUGCGCGUUCGCGCGUCGAAAAAUGUGGCGGUGCUGCCGGUGGAGGAGCCGCCACCUCGAAGAAGAGAACGAACCGAGGAGGAAAGGAACGACGACAACGAAGUCAACGAGAACAAAAUCAACGACGACGACAACGACGACAAGAACGACGAGGACGACGACGAGGACGACGAUAGCUGGUACAACGGGAACGGUUAGCAGGAGGAGAAGGAGGAGAAGAAGUUGGAUUUCGAGGAUCGAACGAAAAAAUUUCAGAGAAAGAGGCUGCCAGUAUAUUCUUCUACAAAGAGAAACCAUAAUUCUCCUACGUUAGAAAACGUAUCGGCUCAGACUUGUCGUCAUAAUCAUCAUAAUCGUCAUCAUUUUUAUCGUCAUCAUUAUCAUUCUAUAAUCGGCUAAAUCAACGAAAGACCUACCAGAGAAGAAAGCUUUCAAAGUGCGCAAGUUCCUUGUUGUUGCAAGACGCAACAAUUUUUUUUUUUCUUCGACACCACCCCCUCCACGCUCUUCGCUACCACCCCUUUUAUGUAUGGCGAGUUAUACGCGGGAACGUUCAUCCAGACAAUCCGAUGAUACCAUGGACGAUGAUAUCGAUGACAAGGAUGAUACGAAACGAAAGUCACGUAAUCUUAGCGAGAAAAAACGCCGAGAUCAAUUCAACAUGUUGGUGAGCGAGCUUGGAAGCAUGGUGAGCUCAAAUACACGAAAAAUGGAUAAGUCCACGGUGUUGAAGUCCACUAUCUUAUUUUUGAAGAAUCAUAAUGAAGUAGCAGUUAGAUCUAGAGUACAUGAAAUACAAGAGGAUUGGAAGCCAUCAUUUUUAUCUAAUGAAGAAUUUACUCAUCUAAUAUUAGAGGCAUUAGACGGAUUCAUAAUGAUAUUUUCAUCUAAUGGACGUAUUUAUUACGUUUCCGAAAGUGUCACAUCUCUUCUCGGUUAUUUACCAAGUGAAUUAGAAAAUACGACUAUAUACGAUAUAGCUUAUCAAGAGGAUCAAUCUCAUCUUUAUAACGUUCUCCUCAAUCCUGAUAGUAUCAGAGAUCGACGUACCGUUAAGAAAGAGGAUCAAGUAUCGUUUACGUGUCAUAUCAAAAGAGGUGGAUUUGAUUUUCAAGAGGAUCCGAUAUACGAGCUCGUUCAAUUUAUUGGAUAUUUUCGUACCGACGUGGAUACCAACAUGGACAAUUUACUUCCUAAUACAAGGUUUAACAACAUGUGUGGAUCAGAUACCAAAAUGGUUUUUGUUGGAACAGGCCGACUUCAGACACCGCAGUUGAUACGAGAAAUGUCGGUCAUGGACAGUACCAAAUCAGAAUUCACUUCUCGGCACAGUCUUGAAUGGAAGUUUUUGUUUCUAGAUCAUAGGGCACCACCGAUUAUCGGAUAUCUACCUUUCGAAGUUUUAGGUACAUCCGGCUACGAUUAUUAUCACGUUGAUGAUUUGGAUAAAGUCGUCACUUGUCAUGAAUCUCUGAUGCAGAAGGGCGAGGGUACCUCUUGUCACUAUAGAUUCCUAACUAAAGGCCAACAAUGGAUAUGGUUACAAACUAGAUUCUUCAUAACUUAUAACCAAUGGAAUUCAAAGCCAGAAUUCAUUGUUUGUACUCAUCACGUUGUAAGUUAUGUAGACGUGAUGAAGGAAAUGCGCAAAGAUACUGGAACAACAAAUUUCAAUAAAACGCAUACCCAAGACAUAGUUCUAAUGCCAUUGAAACAGCAACAGGUAAGCACUACUUGUCAAAUACCUAUGACACAAUGGCCAACAAAAUUAUCGAAAAAUUCAAAAACGAUCAGAGGUGGAUCAGACACAUCUUCCAUAUCGACAUCCUUACGAAGUUCGCCACAUUCGCAAAUAACUAGGCACGAUUCGAGAACGAAAACAGCAUCUGUCAGUAGUUCGGUUGCCUCUCAACCAAUCCCAAUGGAAGGUUGUCAACAACAACCGCAGCAACCACAGCAAUCGCAGCAACAGCAACCACAACCACAACCACAACCACAACCACAACAACAACAACAGCAACAUCAAUUGGGAGAUGAUCAAUCUUGUAUAAAUUUUAUCGAACCAACGCAAUAUGCCAUGGUUAAUCUUCAACCUGUUGUAACAGCUGGCUUUGCUACACCUUCAGCAUCUUUAAUAUCCACUUUACCUACGCACGAGAUGCUUCAUCAACAAGGCAUCGUAAUGACGCCCGCUCAAAAUCAAAUACAGGACGAGUUACAACGUAAACACGAGGAAUUGCAACAGCUAAUUGUUCAUCAACAGGAAGAGUUGAGAAGAGUCUCCGAACAAUUGUUCAUCGCCAGAUACGGGAUAUUGUCGCCUCUACUUAACUCGGGAAUAUCGUACAAUGCGACGAACACGUGCCAACAAACGAAUCGGUGCAACACAAACGCAAACGUCCAAUUACCUACAUCGACGAGCGUUCAAGGUGUAAAUAUGUUGUCGUUGCCGAUCACCGUGCCAGUACCUAUAGUGCCAACGGAAUUAUUUCCACAUGCCUUACCGGUUAGUCCUGUAUCACCAACGGUUUCCGGAGUGGCUCAUGUUAGCGUUAAUACGAUGAUACAAACGCAGCAACCUCAACAACAACAACAACAACAACAACAACAAUCGCAACAAUCUCAACAGCAACCUCAACAGCAACAACUUCAACAACAUCAGCAACAGCAACAGCAACAGCAACAACAACAGCAGCAACAACAGCAACAGCAACAACAGCAUCAACAACAACAACAGGGUCCAUCCACUCAACAAAAUGGAAAUCCGGCAGAGCUCGUGCCUUUUCAAAUAUGUCCGCCGCAAACCGAUAUACUUUACGGUAAUAUCGAAGUGCCAGGUGCUCAACAACAGAGAUCGACAAAAAACUGAUCCCCGUUGGUUCGAGUGAAUAUUUUUAAAAGAAUACUAUAGUAUUUAGGUUAGAGUUUUGUGACAAGACUCCGACUUUCUUGGAGAGGAUUAGAAAUCAAGUAUUCUAAUGAAGGAUCUGAUUCCGUGUGAAAAGUACAAAAGGUUUAUUAAUUAUUAGAGUCGGUGGUGAGAGGCUUAAUUGCUCCUAACAAAUGUUAGAUUAUAAGUCCGUCGAAAAUCUUGACAUUAUUAUAUUCUUAAGAGAGAGGAGGAGGAGGAGGAGAGAGAGAGAGAGAGAGAGAGAGGGAGGGAGAGAAAGAGAAAGAGAGAGAGAGAGAGGAAGAGAAAAAAUCAUACACUAAAACAAAUACGAUAUACAACGACAUACGAUGAAUACAAAUCACCCACAUUUUCGGGAAGA